AUGGCCGCUCAGGUCGCCAGCGCCGCCACUCUCAACACAAGCCCGCCUUCCGAACUAAAGAAGCCGGAUCGAGACCCAAAGGAGGAUUCUAUACUGGGGGAAAAGCAGCAGGAAAACAAGCAGCCGGGAUUAGUGCGCGGAUCUCCGGGCCGGGGGGAUCUGCACGACGGGGCCGAUGUUGGAAAUGCAGGGGGAGGAGGGGAACCUGAGAUGAAGAACGGGAACGGGAACCCGUCCAGGACUAAUAAUAAUCAGAAUGAUUCCAUUGGAUCCGAGGGGAAUAACCAUCCCGGGAUGGUACACCACCACGGGUCUGGUUUUCCUCCACCUUCUUAUGGAUACAGUCAACACUACGGCCGGGCCCCUUUUCAUCAACAUGGCGGACAACAAAGCCCUGGCAUGGCAGCUGCUGCAGGUCCAGCCGUGCAGUCGAGCAAUAUGAUGGACCCAUAUCAACCCAAUUCGCACGACCAUGGCUUUUCUAACCACCAGUUUAACAAUUACAAUCCAUUCCCGAACAGAACUCCCUAUUCUGGCCAAGGAUACGGCAUGAACCCCUCGCGUAAUACCCAGGCUCCGGCAGCUGGGGGACAGCCAGCUAACGUUAAGCAGCAACCAGCAGGAGGACCCACAGCAAUGUCUGCAUCGUACAACAAUCAGAGAUAUAAUAUGGGGAAUCCACAGCCAACGUCUACCCCAACCCUCAACCAGCUCCUAACCUCCCCAAGCUCCACGCGGGUAUAUCCAAAUUACCCAUCUACUGAAUAUAGUAAUCAGGAAGGAGCUAGUAAGGGACCAACAGACACGGGCAGUAGCGGUCAGUAUGGAGGGGGGAAUCCGGGUUGGCAACAAAGGACCCAUCAUCCACCGCCUAUGAGCCCUGGAAGUACAGGGCAACCCCUAGGUAGAAGCCAGGUAAAGGCCCAUGUUCCACCGAACCUUUAUUACUAUACAUUUGGUGUAAUCUGAUGUAUGUAGUUCACAACGUAGCAGGCCAGCCAUUGUUGCUAGCCAGUUUGCUUGCAAAGACACUCUAAAAUGGCUGCCUCUCGUUUUUCCAACACCACCUCAUUAAACAGUAUUUGUUUGGUUGGUAUGAAAUGUGUCACGUUCAGGCAACCAUUCUUCGGUAAUCCUCCUUAUGAAAUGGAACUUCGAACGUACAGAGAAUGAAGGAGGCCCGAAUCUUGAAAGAGGUGAAAAAGCUCUAAAGGCGUAUUCAUUACCCAGACUUCUUUCUCGGCAGGGCGGUAUAUAACCCAAUUAAACAGUUAUUCCAUAGUAGGGCUAUUUAAUUUGUUUGCACUGCUAACGUCAGUCGUUUUGGAAUACAAUUUAAUGUUUAUGAAUAGACUAUACAUUUUUACGUCGACGAGUCUGUUUUGAUCAUUGUGGAAAUUGUGAAGGAAAUGCACAACAUUAGCAAGGCCAGAACACUGAUGUUGCCGAGACUCAAGUGUACGUGUGUUUUGAAAGUGAUUUGACGUGGACUGCACGAGUAACUAAAUUAUGUAAAAUGUUACAUUUUAAUCAUCACACACUGACCUAGUUAUUUCUGAAACUGUCACUUGGCGCCUCUGUUGCCAGGAACUGCUUCCCCCCACCGCAUUCUGCUUGUAAACAUUAGCCUAGUGAUUUGAGUGUCUGACUGCAGAUUGCUUUGCUCUGGGAUUUGAAUUGCGGAGGUAAAAAUCCUGCUGUCAAAGCCAGUAAACAGUUGGUCUUGGUUUGACAUGCUAGCUGAGAUCUGAUUGGCUCCUCAUCCUGCUCUUGGCCAUUUAUAAUUACAUAUGAUGUAAAGCAACAACAGUUCCUGAUAAGUGCACACCCCCACACUGCACAAAUCCAUGAUUGCUCAUACUAAACAUAUUUUUGGCAAUUUCUCUAAAUCACUACUUUGCAAUCAUCUGUUUCCCACACCUAUGACAUGCCUGUUUGCACUAUUCCACAUGCAUUCUAUAAUAAGGAGAAAUGGUCAGAGUUUGGCCCAUUGACCAAGUAAUCACGUUUAACCUUUGUUAAUCCAGUUUGAUAUUGUGUGCCAUUUUCUGUGCCAGCAAGUUUUUCAGCUAAUGUUUAUUUUUUACAUGGUAUAACCUGUUGAAUUUCUAGAUUCAUGAACAAAACAGCAACCGUGGCCAACAUGGUAAAUAGAAGGGUUUACGGAACUCUAUAGCCUACAUGUAUAAGUAAAGAACUGUAUUUGCACCAUCCUAUAAAGAAAAGCAGAUGAAAAUGGCUAUAGUAUCUUGAGGGUAUCUUUACCCUCAUUGUUAAGCACCCACUAUUUCCUCUCAUUUUUGAUCAAAGAUCCAUUUAAAUAGUUUUUGUAUCUGCACCAUGCAUUUAAAAGCUACAAAUAUGAAACAACAUAAUGUUUCUUAGUGGUUGAGAUGUGUAAACAAGAUGCCAGAUGAGCAAUUCAUCACAAACAAUCCAUAUCACAAAAAUGUUAACAUUUAUCACAAUAACAAUUUGAAGGACAAUAAGACUGUGUGGGUGUGAUAUGAAUUUGAAAUACAGACAUUGCUAAAUUAACAUGAUUAUUUGACAAGUUCAGGUUGCACAGCCUUUAUUUUGACAGGGUUUUUCACAUUUGGAAGCAACUGAAUUUGACCAAUGUGUAAGCCAGGGUUUUCCAAACUCGGUCCUGGGGCACCCCUGGGUGCGCUUUUUGGCCUUGCACUACACAGCUGAUUUCAAAUAAUCAGCUUGAUGGUGAGUUGGUUAUUUGAAUCAGCUGUUUAGUGCUAGGGCAAAAACCAAAACGUGCACCCAGGGGGGGCCUUAGGACCAAGUUUGGGAAACCCUUAUGUAGGCAACAACAAGAACUUGCUGCAGUACCUGAUAACACAAUUUGGCGCAAUCAUAUUUGGGCAUGACCACUGACCAAUGUAAAUAUCAUGGAAAGAUGAAAUCUGCUCUGACUACAUAUCUAUCCAUGAAUAUCGCCCAGAACUAACCCAACUGUCUUGAAAUGUAUGUACAUGCUUCGAGACUACAGUGUGGCCUGUCUGAUGUAUGCCCAGCUGACUUUGGUUACAUGUCAUAACUCACUAGCAUAGUAAAGCAGUAAUACUCACACACCUUUACUUCUCCCUAACAAACUUCUACCUGACAAUGUUUUGGUCAUCAAUAGGGUCUUUGUUAGGUUUGUGAUGGUAAUGCAUGCCAAUGGUAAUGUGUUAGGGAGACAUCAUCCACUAUGUCCCAUUUGAUGGGUUCAUCUAUCAAUGACAUACAGAUGUAUUCCUGAGGCAAGGUUAGGUCUACAUCCUGUGGCAUUGCUGUGUGUUGACACUGCAUAGCGAGGUGAACAUGAGCCGUGUGUGUGUGUGACAUGAGUAGCUGCUGUAGCUCAUGUGCCACUGUCUCUGUGUGUGACUAAGAAUUCCUUCUAACCCCCCCUUGGCCAAUCACAGAGACAGUCCAGCCGCCUCUCCCCCGCCUAGGGAGUCUCCACUGUCUUAUGCAGAUUAGCCAUGUGCUGCUUUUAUUUAUUUCAAUUCAUUAUCUGGAAGCUGGGAAAUGUCAAGAAAGGCUUUUUGCCCUCCAUUUCUAAAGGCCUUUGUUUAGCAGUGACGUUCCAGAGCUGUCUCAAGUCUCAGAGCAGUGUGCGUUGACAAGGGUACAGAUAAAGAAACCAAACCCAUAAGAAUCCACUGUGGUAAAUUAAUGCUUAUGUUUUCAUUAGCUUGUCCAUUUGUUGUUAUUAACGUUGUUAUCGACAUGAAAUGUUUUGACGACCCUUGUUUAGGUUGUUUUGAGUUGAGCAAGUUAAACUGAUAGGCCUAUGGUUAGCCAUUUUCAUAGAGUGAAAUUAUAAUGUUGAGGAGAGGGAGGCCUAGAGAUUUAAGAAAACAUUCUCCAUUGAAAGGAUACCUGACUCAUAGUUAGUGGUGUUCACAUCAUAACAGAGUAGAGUGAGUAGGCAACUUCUCCCUCCGUUUGAUGCCAUUCAUUCAGAGUCAGAAUUGCCGCCUUCCCAAAAAGGGAAACCGGCUUGGCCCCGAACCAAACAGGAGCACAGCUGGGAUGGGUUUAAGAUUGGGCAGACUGCCCUUCAUUUGAGAUGAGAUAUAUAGCUCUGUUGACUUCCGUAACUAUGGCACAGAAAGGUAAAAGUCAGGUUAAUGACCGUGGGAAAUGUGAGAAGAAAAAAAAAACUCUCGUGUGUUUUGUGGACUUGCCUUCUGUCAUAUUUUUUGUUUUUGUGCCUAUCAGGAUGGGAAAAGGCCUCCCUAUAGCGCUUGCUGUGUUGGGAAGCUUAAAAUGUGUGAGUUUGCUUGCUUGCACGAGAGACCCCUGCCAGAUAAUUAAAGUGCCUAUAAACUAUAGUAUAGUCAUCUGCCCGUAUCCAAGUCUUUUGUGAUCUAUGGUACAUCCUGUCACCCGUACCGCUCUGUAUUUUUUAAAUAGUGUUCAUGUUAUGAAGUGUUGUUCAUGUAUUUGAUCUUUGUUUCUGAUCCACAGCCCCCAGGUGCAAUGGAUCCGAUGGCUAAAAUGAGAGGCCAGCCGUACGGAGGAGGCAGUCCAUACUCCCAACAGCCUGGGCAGGGGCCUCCCCCAGGAGCCCAGCAGGGUCAUGCAUACCCGGGCCAAGGCUACGGUCCCCUUGGCUCCCAGAGAUACCCGGUGGGCAUGCAGGGCCGCACCCCUGGGGCUAUGGGGGGCAUGCAGUACGGGCAGCAGGUCAGUGGUGUCAUCGAUCUGAUUUAUUCCUACAUUAAUCUCACACCUGAAUCGGCCCUCCUCUUCACACACUACUAUAUGGCUUGCUUGUCAUAUCCCUACCCAUUUGCUUGUUUUCUAACUCUGGGGUCUGUAUUUGUGUAUAGAUGCCAUCUUAUGGACAGCAGGGACCAGGAGGCUAUGGGCCUCAGGGCCAAGGGCCCUACUACGGCCAACAGGGCCAGGCUUCACACCCAGGCCAGCAGCAAGGGCCUUACCCCCAGGCACCACCGGGUCAGCAGGGUGGUCAGACACCCUACCCUCAGCAGUCCCACCCUCCCCAGACAUCAGCCUCACACGCACAGGGUGGGCCACCCUAUCCACAGCCCCACAUGCCCCCCCAGUCCCAGGGCCCGCAGCCAGGUCCAUCCCAAGGGCCCCCGCAGUCUCAGCCGCCCUACUCCCAGGGUCCGGCCCAGGCUCAGGCACAGUCUGGUCAGCCUCCUUAUCCCCAGCUGCAGGGGCCUCCCAGCCAGCCUCCACAGCAGGCCAGCUCCCAGGUCCCAGCAGGGUCGCAGCCCCAGCCUAGCUAUCCACCCACGCAGGGCCCACAGCAGCUCCCUACACAGCAGCAGCAGCAACCCCAGACACCCUCUCAACCCCCUCAGCAACCACCAGGUCACAGCCAGCAUCCACAGGGCCAGCCUGCAUCCUACUCCCAGAAUCCUCCACAGCAACAACAGCAGCUGCAACAACAACAGUCACAGCAGUCACCUUACCAACGCUUCCCUCCUCCACCACAGCAGGUAUAACUGAGUUUGGUGUUUGUGUGCAAUUUAUGUUUUAUGAUUGAGGUACCUUUUGAUAUCGUCAUUGAACGUGCAGUACCGGUUGCCAUACUUGCUCUGCAGAUGGAAGGCAUUGGUAUUGUCACUUUGUGUAUUCUCAUGUCCGCAUAUAUGUGAAUGCUCUUCAAUACUGAUUGUCUCGUUCUCUCCCCCAGGAGAUAUCCCAGGACUCGUUCAGUUCCCAGUCUAGCGCCCCUCCCUCCAACCAGCCCAAAAGUGGCUCAGAGGACGUCAACCUGCAAGGCCGGCCGUCCAGCCUACCGGUGAGUCCUCACCCAACCUGUGCAAAGGUAUGCUAUACAUUUAUAAAUCAAAUUAUUACAUUGUUCUGAAAUCAUAAUGCAUUGAAACAUGUUUGCAUGCAUCCAUGUGACCCAUUUUAGUGUUCACAUAGUAAAACCAUUGUGUGGGCUGUUGUGGUUAAUUAAUGCUACCCCUAUUUAUUGUAUGUGUGUGUCUGUAGAUGUCAUUGGGCAUGUGUAGUGUGUUUCUUGUGUUGUGGACUUGCAGAAAUGUUGUGUGGGAGUCUGGGAGAUGAAUAUUAGUGAAUUUGAGCAGAGCUCGGGCCUGGGUAAAACGAGUGCGAAAGCGCACGCGCUGCUUGUGUGUGUGUGUGAGAGCGUGUAUCAGAUUCACAUGGCAGGGUUGCUCUGCGCUGAGUCGGCAUACAUUCACCGUAACCAUGACAACCCCCUGCUCUAAUAUGCUCUCUCUUCCUCGACAAGAUAAAUAAGGACAACUGUGUGUGUCACGUCUCCAAACCUAGUAGAAAGUGUCCUAUCAUGCUUUCCAAGACUGAGGAGAUUAAAUUGUGCUUGCAUCCUCUAUGUGCUUCUGUUGUGCUAGUAGACAGAGCUACGGGAAAUGCAUGGAAUUGUUAUCAAGACGACUCACUGCUAACUGUACAGUCAGCUAAUGGCUGUCAUGUCGAUUCUAUCAGGCUGGCGUUUUUCCACAGCGUCUCCUCACCAUAGGUCCCGCUCUCUCCUGUCUUGUGUGUCUGCAGGAUCUCUCAGGCUCCAUCGAUGACCUACCCACGGGCACGGAUGGCGCUCUGAGUCCUGGCGUGAGCACUUCAGGUGUGUCAAGCAGCCAGGGCGAGCAGAGCAACCUGGCCCAGUCGCCCUUCUCGCCCCACACCUCUCCCCACCUGCCAGGCAUCCGAGGGCCCUCGCCGUCACCCGCCGGCUCCCCCGCCAGUGCCACCACCUCCCGCACGGGGCCCCUCUCACCAGCCACAAUGCCAGGUGAGCACACGUACACAAGUAUGCGCACACAUACAUGGGUUUUUCUGACAUGUACUAGGACAUGUCAUUUGUUAUACAAAUACACAAUGACAACAAAAUGGCCAUAGAUUGAAACACUGGAGCUACUGCAGCCUAGCACCUUUUAAAACCAUAAAGCUGCUUGGCUGCAUUAGCUCCAGUGUUUCAAUCUAAUGUCAUUUUGAUUAACAAUAUUUUAAGGGACAUUAGUGGCCUUGUUCCUACUCAGACGUCUUAUUUACAUACUGAGAUAACCCUUCUGUUGUUUAGGGACCCAGAUGCCCCCCAGGCCAUCGAGUGUGCAGUCUGACGGGAGUCUGCACCCCGCCAUGAGCCAGUCUCCCAUGGCCCAGGACAGAGGUGAGUUCACCUUGACUGAGAAUCCCCAUCACACAGUACCACCCUCCUCUGCAGAGACCACUGACAGUGUGCUGUUUUAAAGAAACUUUGGUUGCACUUUCUUUUAUGGUACCACUGGUAUUUACCUGGUACUUACUAGAAAAUUGUGUGGUAACAAUGGGUACUUUCUGGUACUUACUUCAAAUAAUUUUACACAGUGUAUAAUUGGUUAAUACUUUGUAAUUGCCAUUUUACCAUGUACUUUCUAACUAAAUACUAGCUAUUUUCUGUACCGAGGUGUUCUGAUGUGUCUUAUGAGAGAUUUCCAGUGUUUUUUUGGAGGAUUAACAUAUCUUUCACUCUCUCUUCUUUGACCCUGCCAGGGUUCAUGCAGAGAAACCCCCAGAUGCCCCCCUACAGCUCACCACAGUCUGCCUCUCCCCUGUCACCCCGACAGUCCUCUGGAGGCCAGAUGCACCCUGGGAUGGGGCCUUAUCAGCAGCAGAACAACUCCAUGGGGGGCUAUGGACCUCAGGGUGGGCAGUAUGGCCCACAAGGUGAGUUCUGUGGGUUACACUGUGCAACAAAGGAGAGGGUCUCGAGGCAAUUAGUUAAAGGAUCAUUUGGUUUAGUUUUGCAUUAAGAGAAGUAAGUUAUAUUUUAUGUUAAAAUUUAAACAUUUGGUACACUUGAAAAAUAAUAACUCUGUUGAAAUACCAAAUAGACUUUAAAUCAUUUUGAUCUUUAACAUUUUGGUUGUCCUCUGACUGCUAAUGUAUAAAUGCUUCCCACUUAAUUAUCUCACCAUCCUGUCAAGUUGCUUCUUGUUUGUUCCCCCAGCCAAACCCAUGGAAUAUGUAUUUCUGCCUCAUAGGAAUUCCAUCCUAUCAGCUCAUCCCUCCCUCUCUGAGUCUAGCGCAGCUAUUUUUAACCAUGGAGAAUAGUCAGCUGACAUAGCAGAGCCCCCCUGUCAGUAGCGCUGCCACUGUGAUGGCAGGCUCAGCGCUCAGUGUCCACAGCUCCCACUGCCAGCUCACUAUAGUGCCUUGCACAACUUCAACAGACAUUCGCUGUCAAGUCCACCUUUUACAAUAGAACCCCAAGUUGAUUAAAUAUUUAGUUUGAUGUUUUGCGCAUAUAACUAGUCUUCCCAAUGUCACCUGAGCAGUGUUUUUUUGUUACACAUACAUUUUUUACACACACUGUUUUUAUCCAUUCUACUACAGGUUACCCCCGGCAACCUGGCUACAACAACAUGCCCAAUGCCAACUACCCCGGCCCUGGCAUGGGCAACCCCAUGAACCCCGGCCCUGGCAUUGGCAACCCCAUGAACCCCAUGUCUGGGCAAGGGGGGCCACCGUACGCGGGCAUCCCCCCUGGUAGAAUGCCUCCGGGCCAGAUGGGAGUGCGUCCCUAUGGCCCCAACAUGGGGCCCAACAUGCCACCCAACAUGGGCAACAUGCCACCUCAGGUGGGCUCAGGGAUGUGCCCUCCCCCCGGCCUCAACCGGAAGGCCCAGGAGGCAGCAGCUGUAGUAAUGCAGCACACUGCUACCAACUCCAUACACAGCAGGUACACUAUGCUCUUUACUAACCCAUAUUACACAUGUACAGUGCACUCUGAAAGUAUUCAGACCCACAUUUUGUUACGCCUUAUUCUAAAAUUAAUGAAAUAUUUCCCCCCCCUCAUCCAUCUACACACAAUACCCCAUAAUGACGAAGCAAAAACAGGUUUUUAGAAUUUAUUACAAAUUUAUUAAAAAUAAGAACUGAAAUUUGACAUUUACAUAAGUAUUCAGACCCUUUACUCAGUACUUUGUUGAAGCACCUUUGGCAGAGAUUACAGCCUCGAGUCUUCUUGGGUAUGACGCUACAAGCUUGGCACACCUGUAAUUGGGGAGUUUCUCCCAUUCUUCUCUGCAGAUCCUCUCCAGCUCUGUCAGGUUGGAUGGGGAGCGUCGCUGCACAGCUAUUUUCAGGUUUCUCCAGAGAUGUUAAAUCGGGUUCAAGUCCAGGACAUUCAGAGACUUGUCCCGGAGCCACUCCUGCGUUGUCUUGGGUGUGUGCUUAGGGUCAUUGUCCUGUUGGAAGGUGAACCUUGGCCCCCAGUCUGAGGUCCUGAACGCCCUGGAGCAGGUUUUCAUCAAGGAUCUCUCUGUACAUUGCUCUGUUCAUCUUUCCCUCGAUCCUGACUAGUCUCCCAGUCCCUGCCGCUGAAAAGCAUCCCCACAGCUUCACCGUAGAGAUGGUGACACGUUUCUUCCAGACGUGACGCUUGGCAUUCAGGCCAAAGAGUUCAAUCUUGGUUCCAUCAGACUAGAGAAUCUUGGUCUCAUGGUCUGACAGUCCUUUAGGUGCCUUUUGGCAAACUCCAAGAGGGCUGUCAUGUGCCUUUUACUUAGGAGUGGCUUCUGUCUGGCCACUCUACCAUAAAGGCCUGAUUGGUGGAGUGCUGCGAAGAUGGUUGUCCUUCUGGAAGGUUCUCCCAUCUCCACAGAGGAACUCUGGAGCACUGUCAGAGUGACCAUCGGGUUCUUGGUCACCUCCCUGACCAAGGCCCUUCUCCCCCGAUUGCUCAGUUUGGCCGGGCGGCCAACUCUAGGAAGAGUCUUGGUGGUUCCAAACUUCUUCCAUUUAAGAAUGAUGGAGGCCACUGUGUUCUUGGGGACCUUCAAUGCUGCAGAACUUUUUUGGUACCCUUCACCAGAUCUGUGCCUCGACACAAUCCUUUCUCGGAGCUCUACGGACAAUUCCUUUGACAUCAUGGCUUGGUUUUUGCUCUGACAUGCACUGUCAACUGUGGGACCUUAUAUAGACAGGUGUGUGCCUCCACCCAAUAUAUUGUUCUUUUUUUAUCAUUGUUAAUGUGUUGAGUAUGCGUUAUCUGGUCCUAACUAGCAGGUUUUCCUCUACGUUGAAGGUCCAGUGAAGGCAGUGAGAGGAGGAGUGAUUAGAGCAGCGGGAAAUAAAGAACAGAGGAGAGAACCGAUGAGACCACUGAGAGGUAGACAGGGAGAGGCAGAUUAGAUGUUCUCCAGCCCCUGUCACUACGAGGAAUACCUGGCUCUCACAUUACAUAUAAACACAUGAAAUGCAUUGGAGAAUUCAGAUGCAGAUUCAGGAUAUUUUCCCUCUUUAGUCUUUACAGUCUUCACAGGUGUACAAAGUCACUAGCCAUUUUCGUAUCAAGAACUCAAGGAAUUCCCCCUUGCAAUGGUACUCAUAACACACUCUUUCUUAUUUAGUGAUAUAGUUGCAUAACUGAUUGUUUUUCAGCAUAAGAGAUGAAUUUCUCUGUAGGAGAGGAAUGUUUUUUACUCUAUCAUGCUACAUGCUAAAAGUGUGGUUGUCCCUCAUCGUUCAGGAUGCCUGGCUACCCCAACAUGUCCCCUGGCAUGAUGGGCUCUGGUGCCCCCUAUGGCCCUCCCAUGAACAACAUGCCUGGCAUGAUGAACGCGCAGGUUGGCCCGCCUUUCCCUAUGGGGCCCAACAUGGCCAAUAACUCCAGUGGUGAGUACUGUAGUCCAAUAGUGUUGCACCAUGGUGCCCCAGGUAUUUCUGAUAUGGCAGGAUGACUUUGGUUGGGACAGUGGCCAGUAAGUAAGGCCUGAUGCAAUUUGUCUGCAGUGUUUUCACAAUAGACCCUUUUCUCAUCUGAAAGUUCUAGCAUAGACUGAUAGUAUGGGUAGCUAAGCAUGAGUUUUCCAAAACAAAUAUUGUUUUAGUGCAGUGGUUGUUAAUCUACAGGUCACACUUGAGGAAAGUUUUUGCAUUGGUUUCACCAGAGCAUUUCCUAUCCUGUUAGAAGAUAACGUUGGUCAAUGAACAAUGGCCGCGGUAUGAAUAAGUUCUAUAAGGGAAACUUUAUUGUUAGUCUGUAUUGCUCUGAAAUUAGAAUAUAAAAAAAUGUCAGCUGCCUCUUAUGGUCGUUCAGCAGUUGUUUGGUAUAUGUCCUAAUCCAGAGAAUUGUUGUUCAAAAGCCGUUGAACAGUUCUCAACCCCUCAAUGUACCCUUGUACCUAGGUAUGGCCCCGAGUCCAGAGUUUGGUAUGGAUGGGAAAAUGAACCAGGGCCAAAAGAUGAACAACAAAGUGGACGGAACACCGAAAGCGGAACCGACUAAAUCCAAGGUGAUAAGAUAAUGAUGACUUUAUUGUCUGUCCACUUGGGACAAUUUUGUUUGCGGGCUUGUGUGUAUGCUAAAAUAAACUACGUUAUAAACCAUAUUGUUUGUAAACUGUUAAAACACGUGUGACAAUCAUACUUUUGACUUUAUUCCGUGGUUGUUACAGUUGCCAAUGAGCUAGCUACUAAAGGGAAAUAAGACCAAUUUAUAACCCAACCCUUUCCCUCACGACGGCUCUCUCUUGACGCCUUCCAGAAGUCGAGCUCUUCCACGACAACCAACGAGAAGAUCACGCGUCUGUACGAGCUGGGCCCCGAGCUCGAGAGGAAGAUGUGGGUGGACCGCUACCUGGGCUUUAUCGAGGAGAAAGCCAUGGGCAUGACCAACCUGCCUGCUGUGGGCCGCAAGCCCCUGGACCUCUUCAGACUCUACGUCUCGGUCAAGGAGAUUGGAGGCUUCGCACAGGUCAGUGUAGGUUUGUGCUGUACUAUGCAUGCAUGCACUGUAGUGUGUUUGAUCUAUGUGUUUUCCGAUUGAGCUGCCCUCUUGGCCAGGUCUCCCCUGUAAAAGGGGUCUUCUGCCCUCAAUGGGAAUUCCUGGAUAAAUAUAGGUUUAAUAAAUAAGUAGAACACACGCACAAAACACCUUAGAACAAACACACCUUAGAACAAACACACCUCAUCCUCUUCUCUCUGGUCCCUGUUUUAAUGUCCCUGUCUUCAUGCUCUAUGUCCAGGUGAACAAGAACAAGAAGUGGCGUGAGCUGUCCACCAACCUGAACGUUGGCACGUCGAGCAGCGCCGCCAGCUCCUUGAAGAAGCAGUACAUCCAGUGUCUAUACGCCUUCGAGUGCAAGCUCGAACGCGGGGAGGACCCCCCUCCUGAGAUCAUCACUGACAACAAGAAGGCCAACCAGGCCAAGGUCCAGCCACCCUCCCCAGGUCAGUGCCAGACGGUUAUCCACACUAUGCUGGGUUGUAAUUAUUAGGCAUCAAACGGACUGCGGACUGAAACUGGUUGGGACUACCUGGUCUUGUCCAAUAUGAAACGCUAAUUUUCGAAGCAAAAUAUGUAACAUUUUUUUCCGUUGUGAAGUUAAGUUUUAACAUGGAGUCCCAUUGAGACCAAGGUCUCUUUCACAAGGGAGCCCUGCAUACGCAUAAUUUACAAAAUACAAUAUAAUACAAAUAUAUAUUUUUGUAAAAAAUAACAAUCACAUUCAUCAGCAAAGAGGUCAACAUUUUGAACUGCCCGAGAGGCACCAGAACAUCCAGUUGUAGGGAAAAGCAGAUUUACCUAACUCUGAGGAGACUGAAGAGAUUUCAUGUGUUAGCCAUCCCUGAGACCGGGGUAUGGUAACUCAUACUUAUUAUUAGUUAUUAACGAAGUUAGGUAUGGUGGCUGUUUUUUUUUUAAAGAGAGCUUUAUGAAUAAAAAGAAAGCGAUGAAUCGACCUACUUGAAUUCAAAGAGGGCCAGCUUACUUUCUGGUAAAGAAUGCAGUGAUGUGUACUGAACCUGACGCCGUAAUAAAACGACGUGCACUAUGUUAACUGUAUCUAACGGCUUUAAUGAAGUGGCAGCUGCAUUCAUAUAGAUAAUGUCGAUUGAAGGACCUGUAUAAUUAAGCAAUAAGGCCCGAGAAGGUGUGGUAUAUGGCCAAUAUACCACGGCUAAGGGCUGUUCUUAGUCACGACGCAACGCGUAGCCUUAGUAUAUUAGCCAUAUACCACAAACCCCCAAGGUGCCUUAUUGAUAUUAUAAACUGCUCACCAAUGUAAUUAGACCAGUAAAUAGUAAUUAUUGUCAUACCUGUGGUAUACGGUUUGAUAUGCCACGGCUUUCAGACAAUCAGCAUUCAGGUCUUGAACCAUCCUGGUGAAAGUCAUGUAUACCCAACUCUCUCUAACUGAAAUGUCCCUCUUUUGUUCCGGUAGCUGGGUCAGGCUCUCUCCAGGGCCCUCAGACCCCCCAGUCCACCAGCAGCUCCAUGGCCGAGGGCAGCGACCUCAAGCCCCCCACACCCGCCUCCACCCCACACCCCACCCAGAUGCCACCCGGGGCCAGGUGAGUCGCAGUGCUUCAAUCUCAUCCUCUUUGAGUUAUCCAUUGCAUUCAGGAGAUUCAAUUCUUCAAUUGGAAUUUUAAUUUACUUAUUGAAUUUAAAUGGAAUUCACCCCAACUCUGUUUUUAGCUGCUUUGUUAAACCCCUAUUUACUCACUAAACGUCCCUCUAUCUUUUAGGAGCAAUGUGGCGUUGCAGGACCCAUUUGCUGAUGGUAGUGACCCUGCUUUCCCCAGAAGGAACUCCAUGACCCCUAACUCUGGCUACCAGUCUGGCAUGAGUACCCCAGAGAUGCCAGCUCGCAUGGGUCCAGGGCCCUACGAGGGUCCAGGGCCUAACAAAGACCCCUUUGGUGCCAUGCGGAAAGGUGGGUAGAAGAGGGCUGCAAGAAAGAUCCCUAGAAACUGAUGGUGCUGGGAAGCUGGGUCCCUUGCUGACGGAGUGUGUAUUUCUUUCCAGUUGGGGAGCAGUUCUUGCCUGCCAGUCAGGGUCCUAACAGUGGGAUUGCUGAGCAGCAGCAGUUUAACCGCGGGCCUCCACCAGGUGCUAUGGGGAACAUGUCGAUGGCUCAGAGACAGCAGUACGGACCAGGACCUUACGGACAAGGCUACGAGAGGAGGUAAGACCCUACACGCUUACAGACCAUAGAAAUAUAAUUACUUAGAAAGGACAUCCAAAUUCAAGUCAGUGUGUCUAUGAUGGGUGGACUGGCGGCCAUAUUGAGUAUAUUUCUAUUUCUAUACAGACACCAUCUUUGACUGCAUAGUGAAUGUGUAGAAGUCUGCUCAUUUCCUUUUUUAAUGGAAAUUAUUUGUACUAAGUAUGGUCAACCAACCUUGUCCUGUAUGGUGUUGUUUACCAGGCCAGAGCAGGGGAUGGGCCCAGAGGGCAGCAUGGGAUCUGUUGCACCGCAGCCAAACCUGAUGCCCGCCAACACCGACACAGGGAUGUACUCGCCAAACCGCUACCCACCACAGCAGCAGCCACGGUCAGUUCACAACCCAGCAACCCUCUAUCUCAGGAGAGGGCUGGCACAGACUUGUGCAGACACACACCAUGCACUGACUGUCCCAGCAUUUAUAGUCUUGCAAUAUUUUAAAGAUUGGGUUGUUUUUCACAAUGAGGGUUUAUUGGCAUACUAGCAGUAUACUGUAGCAAUAUUAGGUAUAUAGGCACUCGGCUUAUGUGGAAUGUCUUGCUGAUGUGUUGUGGUUGUUUACAGGAAUGAUUCCUAUGGUAAUCAAUAUCCUGGCCAUGGUACUCCCCCUGGUGGUUCCUAUCCCAAUCAGCAGCCAGGAAUGUACCCACAGCAACAACAGGUGAAGGCUCCAACUCACUGCGUAUGCACUGGAAGUGUGACGUCACUGUAAAUCACAAACUGUAAUGUAGUAACCACUAGCCAAUGUAAUAACACCGUCUAACUAAGCGUCUUUGCUCUGUGCAGAACUACAAGCGUCCUGUGGAAGGGGGCUACCCACCAGCGAAGCGUCACGAGGGGGAGAUGUACAGCGGGCCCUUCAGUGGAGGUCCACAGCAGCAGCAGCAGCAGCAACAACAACCGCAGCAGCAGCAGCCAGCAGCAGCCUCUGCACCCCCUGCUGGCCAGCCAGAGAUGUACCAACCCCAGUACAGUGGCGGCUCCUUCCCCGGCACUGAUCGCCGCGUAUCUGGUCCCCAGGGCCAGUUCCCCUUCCCCUUCAACAGGGAGCGCAUGCAGGCUGCCACGGGGCUCAACGCCCAGCCCUCCAUGCCCCCUCAGAUGAUGCAGCCAGGCCCUGACGGCCCCCAGGGUGGCAUGUGGCAGGGCCGCGGGGAGAUUAACUAUCCCGGCAACUACCCCAACCGGCAGGGUGGUCCACCAGGGGGCUCAGCCCAGGGACCCGGCCUGAACCGCGGUUCGGAGGAAAUGAUGUCAUCGGAGCAGCGCAUGAACCACGAGGGCCAAUGGGGGCCAGGUCAGAUGGGCCCUCGGCAGCCCCCCUACGGCCCUGGAGGGACGGGCCCGCCCAUGACCCGCACCCUACAGUCCAACUACCAAUCCGCUCAGGCCAUGCAGAACCACAUUCCACAGGUGUCCAGUCCCUCCCCCAUGCCUCGUGGGGGCCCCAUGGAGAGCCGGACGUCGCCCAGUAAAUCUCCCUACAUGCACAGUGGCAUCAAGAUGCAAAAGGCGGGGCCCCCGGUUCCUGCCUCUCACAUAGUGCCCCAGUCUGUGCAGUCCCCUCUGAUCCGUAGAGACAUGCCCUUUCCCCCAGGCUCAGUAGAGGCCACCCACCCCGUCCUAAAACCACGCCGACGCCUCACCACGAAAGAUAUCGGUAUGGCCAUUACAACCCACAACACCACCCACAAUCACAAAAGUAUUAUACAUGCAAUAUACAAUAUUCACUAUUUAGGGAUCACAUUUGGACACUACAAUGAUAGGUUGCUUCGGAUCUCUAUGAAAGUUUGUGUAUUGUGUGGUCCAUCAGCACUGUGAAGGGUAUCAGCUUGAGUUAAAAUACUGUAUUUGUAUAUCUCCAUAGGGACCCCAGAGGCUUGGAGGGUGAUGAUGUCCCUAAAGUCUGGCCUGCUGGCUGAGAGCACGUGGGCCCUGGACACUAUCAACAUCCUCCUGUAUGAUGACAACAGCAUCUCCACCUUCAACCUCAAUACGGUGAGCUAACAAGACAGGUAGCCUAGCGCUUAGAGCUUUGGGCCAAUAACCGAAAGGUCGCUAGUUCGAAUCCCAGACCGACAAGGUGAAAAAUCUGUCAGUGCCCUUGAGUAAGGCACUUAACCCUAAUUGCACCAGACCCUGGCCGUGACCCCACUCGCCGAGGGUGUCUUGGGGAGAGUCGGAUAUGCAAAAAAACAAUUUACACAUAAUAUUAAUACACGCUUGUACAUGUGAGAAAUAGGACAAAUAUAAGCACCCACCAAAUUAUUGUUAUUACACUGGCCACAAUGUGGGAUAAGAGGUUUAUUUAAUAAAACCCCUACAUGGUUAACCUAUACAAUCAGGAAUGUCAUAUUUUCUGAUUUAGUAGGACUUUCUGCUUUUUCUUUUUUACAUUUAUCCUUUCACAUUUUAUUAAAUUCCCAAACCCUUUUCCAGAUUUUCUGUCGUCCAUAUCAUACAAUGCAAACUAUUAAUCUUCUCCUCCAUUUCCUCCUCCUCAGCUGCCUGGCCUGCUGGAGCUGGUGGUGGAGUACUUCCGGCGCUGUCUCAUCGAGAUCUUCGGCAUCCUGCGCGAGUACGAGGUGGGCGACCCCGGCCAGAGGACUCUACUGGACCCUGAAGCCCUGGACCGAGACUGGAGCUGCACGGAAGAUGAGGACAUGGAGGUGGAGGGAGAGGAGGAUGAUGACAAUGAGGAAGAAGAGGAGGAGGAGGUGGUGCAGCGUUCAAACCAACCGGCCAGGACGACAUUCGAGGGACAGGCUCAGGUGAAGCAAGAGGAUGAGCAGGAGUCGUGCUCGGAACAGGGACACUCUGAAAGAGAAGGACGCUGAAGAUGAGGAGAAGAGGGGGAAGAGCUCCUCUUCAUUUGAGCAGCCCAGCUCUUCAUCGGACCCCCCUGCCCUGGGCCCGGCUACCCCCCAGGAGAGACCCAAACAGGCUAGCAAGUUCGACAAGCUCCCCCUCAAGAUGGUACGGAAGAAGGACCCGUUUGCAGCAGGCAGGGCAAGCCAGAGAGGCAAAGUGCAGGAGUUUGACAGUGGGCUGCUCCACUGGAGCGCCGGCGGGGGGGACAGCACGGAACACAUCCAGACCCACUUUGAGAGGAGGGAAGACUUCCUGGAGCCACGAGAACGGGUGCUGGUCGUCCCCACAGCCAGGAGGAAAAGGCCAGAACCAGAGAUGGUGGGGGACAAGGACAAUGCUACCACCACAGAGAAAGACAAGGAGAAGGGGGAGGAAGAUCAGAGGCCCUCCCAGCCAUCAUCCACAGAGAAGGCCUCAACAUCAACCGGCACCUCAGCCGACAGUAAGGAGGGGAAGUCCGAGCGCUUGGAAGCUGAGACAGAGGAAACAUCACAGACGGAAGAGCCCCAGAGCCAGCAGGAGAACGACAAACCGAGCGGCCCUCCUGGUCAGCAGGUCCCCCAGCGUGUGGUGGAGGACGAGCCUCACAGCAAAGACGAGGGCCCACUGGUUACGCUGGCCAACUGGCAGGACGCUCUGGCCCGCCGCUGCAUCUGCGUCUCCAACAUUGUGCGCAGCCUCUCCUUCGUGCCUGGCAAUGACCAGGAGAUGUCCAAACACCCGGGCCUCAUGCUGCUGCUGGGUCGCCUAGUGCUGCUGCACCACCGCCACCCUGAGAGGAAGCAGGCCCCGCUCACCUACGAAAAGGAGGAGGAGUCUGAUGACAGCCUUGGCCAGAGGGACGAAUGGUGGUGGGACUGCCUGUCGCUGCUGAGGGAGAACGGCCUGGUCACUCUGGCCAACAUCUCUGGCCAGCUGGACCUCUCCAUCUACCCCGAGAGCAUCUGCCUUCCGCUGCUGGACGGCCUCCUCCACUGGGCCGUGUGCCCCUCGGCUGAGGCCCAGGACCCCUUCCCCACAUUGGGGCCCCACAGUGCAAUGUCACCCCAGAGACUGGUCCUGGAGACCCUCAGCAAGCUGAGCAUCCAAGACAACAAUGUGGACCUGGUCCUGGCCACGCCGCCGUUGGGUCGGUUAGAGAAGCUGUAUGGGACCUUGGUGCGGCUGGUUGGGGAGAGAAAGGUGGCCGUCUGCAGGGAGAUGUCGGUGGUGUUGCUGGCCAACCUGGCCCAGGGAGACAGCAUGGCAGCGCGUGCCAUCGCCGUGCAGAAGGGAAGCGUGGGUAACCUCCUGGGCUUCUUGGAGGAUAGCCUGGCGGCCACCCAGCUACAGCAGAGCCAGAGCUCUCUGCUGCACCUGCAGGGGAUGCACUUCGAGCCCACCAGUAAUGACAUGAUGCGACGGGCGGCCCGGGCCCUGCACGCCUUAGCCAAGGUGGAGGAGAACCACUCAGAGUUCACACUGUACGAAUCGCGCCUCCUCGACCUCUCCGUGUCACCGCUCAUGAACUCAGUGGUGUCUCACGUCAUCUGCGAUGUACUCUUUCUGAUUGGCCAGUCAUGA